AGAAGGACCUGGACAUACAACUAAAUCACAGAGGUGAUGGCCGCGUUUAUUCUCCUGAAGACAUGUUUUCUGAGGAGUCUUCUUCUUACUGCGACGUUCCGAGCGAUACUAGCUGGUAGCUUUCCCGUCGAACGGCAGCUUGCCUUGCAAAACGCAGACGUCGAUGCGACGACACUGCAACCCCGAAACGACCACGUCCAAACGUCGGAGAAUGGUAGUAUCGCCAUUAGGAGUGAUGUCUUCCAUCAACACAUCUUUAGCAACAACAAGAACGCCGAUGUGGCUCACACGACUGGUAUCCGAAGCCCAGGCAAGAUUGCAAUAGGUACAUCUGGGGACAGCAAAGCAAUUCAGACGGUCGCUGACGAAAACCAGUCGAGCCGUGGAAAGAUCGUCAAUACAAUCAAAAAUGAUCGAGGGGGAAAUGUUUCCAUUGGAGAUGCCAGCCAUGUUGCCAUUGGAGAUAUUCUUGGAAGCAAGCAGCGUAAAAUAACACAAGCGACGACGAACGACGGAGUUCGACCAGCCGUUGCUACUGAAAACGAUACGGUCGACAAGAAAAACCAGGUGGUUGUGAGAGGCAGCGUGAAUGAUGCUGAAUGUCCCACCACGCUAAAUACGUCAUCUAAGGCUAAGCUGAACCAACGGUCUGAGUGUCCUUGGAAGUAUGAGAUAGAUCGCAAUCCGUUCAGGGAUCCCCAGGUCAUCCUUCAAGCCAGGCCACUCUGCAGAAGGUGUAUUGGUCAACACAGCCCGGACACCCGCUGCGAGACGUUGAAUGAAUGGAGAACAGUUCACAUCCAAGACGGACAAGGACAAAUGAGGAGGAGGAACCUCUUGGUCAAUGUUGGGAGCGUCUGCACUGCAAUCACACUCGCUCCGGGAUAAUUACGUUCUUA